GUUAAUCCUAAGCGCGGUGAAUUUUCCGAAAUAUACACGGCGGUUUUUCGCGCUCGCACCUAGCAUGGCCGAAAUGCACUUGAACGACACGAAUCUAAUGCAAAAUCGCACCUCUUUUUUGAUCGAAGACAUUCUGUACAGACAGAAAUCGGAGCACGAAGAGAACGGCCAGGAAUGCUCGAGUCGCGAGAAAGUUUUCCAUUUGCCCAAAAUUGCGGAAAAACGCGUAUCGCCGGAGAAAACCGGAUACAGUUAUUUUCAAACUAACAUUCCGGUUCCGAGUGCCGGGAUGGUUCAAAGUUUUCCGCAGCCUGAUAAUGGAUAUAUUCAAGUUAUGGGAGCCUUGGGAGCCUAUCUGGGACCUCCGUACAAAAGCAUGACGGAUCCGUAUUUUCUCACUCAAGGAAUUCCCUUCCAUCACGCGCUCUUUGGCAGUACUCCCAGUGAAAUUUCUCUAAAUGCUUUGAAACAUUGUCGAAGAAGGAAAGCUCGAACCGUAUUCAGCGAUCCCCAAUUAACAGGCUUGGAGAAGAGGUUCUCGGCUCAAAGAUAUUUAUCGACGCCAGAGAGAGUGGAAUUGGCCAGCGCAUUAAGUCUUAGCGAAACGCAAGUGAAAACGUGGUUUCAGAAUAGAAGAAUGAAGCACAAAAAACAACAGAGGAAGAUUCAAGAAGAAAAGAGCGUUCCUGGGAAAACAGGAACUCCGGAUAAAUUAGGUAUCGGGUCAAAUUCAUCGGCAGUUUCACUGGAUAAACAACAAAAUACUCCAGGUAAUUCCGGAAUUUCCAUGUCCAAUUCCGAUGUGAGCGAUUGCGAAAGUGACAUUGACAUAGUCGGUGACGUUAAAAAUAUCAAUUACCAGUUUUAUGCAAGGGAGCCUAAUAGUCAUAAAUAAUUUUUGUAAAUAUUUCGACUUGUGAUUAAAAUCAAAUUGUGUAAAUUAUCGUUACUUGAAAAAUAAAUGUAAUUUUAUUUGUUAUUUUCGUAUAAAUAUAGGUUUAAGUCGAGAUUAUUAUCUAACAUUUUUCUCGAUAUGUUUUUUUUUUCGCGUAUAGAACGAAAUUUUAGUACCGUGGAUGUUUGUGCGUAUAAAAUUUACAGUAUAGGUAAAGAUAAAAAAUGUUCGCAUUGUAUACCGAGUGUUCAUUUAAAUACAACUGAAUUUGCUUAAACCAUCUUCUCAGUUUUUAGACAUUUCCUCAGCAAUUUAACCGAUGAAGUAGUUAAAUGUGUAAAUAGUAAAAUAGAAAUUUCACACGAAUUUUUCAGCUACAAAUUAAAUGAAUGCUUUUAAUCAUCGGCUUUACGAAAAAUGUGCAUUUUAG